GUCAUAACUAACAAAACAAGCUCAAGCCAGAUGCCUCUCUAACCGUCUCUCUCCCUCUCUUCAAGAGCAUGCCUGCUAACUUUUGUCACUCUCCCCAGCCGGAUCUCUAAUCACGCCAUCGCGACAUGGCCCACACCGCCAUCUGCCGGGAGUCCUUGUCCGGGCCCCUCUCCUCAUGCUCGGCUGCCGUGGACCUCGAGUGGCCCUUUGGGAAGCUCGAUGGCCUAGACCAAGACGACAUCCGCGAGACCGCCUAUGAGAUCUUCUUCACGUCUUGCCGUUCUUCGCCUGGAUUUGGGGGCCGCACUGCCAUAGCUUAUUACUCCUCGUCGCAGACAUCCGACAAUGCAGAGGGAGGUUCGCCGGUGGCCGGAGGCCAGGGCAGGGCCAACGGGGUGGGGAUGGCGCCAAAUAGUAGGGUGAAGAGGGCUCUAGGGUUGAAGAUGAUCAAGCGGUCACAGUCGAAGAGGAUGGUAUCUGGUUGGGCGACCAUCGGUGGGAUCUCCGCGCCAUCUUCCCCGAACCGACACAGCACGGGGCCCAAGUUUUUGAGCCCUGGGGUGGCGCAGACCGUUCCACCUUCAAGGGCAAGACGGCCACUCACGUCGGCCGAGAUCAUGAGGCAACAGAUGAGGGUGACGGAGCAGAGUGAUAAUAGGCUCAGGAAAACGCUUAUGAGGACCCUUGUAGGCCAAAUGGGAAGACGAGCAGAGACGAUAAUCCUUCCAUUGGAGCUUCUCCGGCACAUAAAGCCGUCCGAGUUCGGCGACUCGCACGAGUACCACAUUUGGCAGAAGCGCCAGCUCAAGGUCCUCGAGGCCGGUCUCCUCCUCCACCCCUCUAUCCCGCUCGAGAAGUCCAACACUUUCGCCGCGCGCCUCCGGGACGUCAUCCUCUCUGGUGACUCGAAGCCCGUCGACUUUGGUAAGAACACGGACGUUAUGAGGACCCUAUGCAAUUCGGUUGUCUCUUUGUCUUGGCGAAGCCCGAGUGGGACUCCAACCGACAUCUGCCACUGGGCCGACGGGUACCCGCUCAACGUCCAUCUGUACAUCACUCUCCUGCAGUCGAUCUUCGAUGUGAGGGACGAGACGUUGGUCCUGGACGAGGUCGAUGAACUUCUAGAGCUCAUGAAGAAGACAUGGUCCACAUUGGGCAUCAAUAGGUCUAUCCACAAUGUGUGCUUCACUUGGGUGCUUUUCCAACAGUAUGUGGCAACGUCGGAGAUGGAGCCAGACCUCCUCUGCGCUUCGCACGCCAUGCUUGUGGAAGUAUCGAGAGAUGCCAAGAAGCCGGAUCGAGACGCCAUAUUUGUGAGGAUCUUGUCGUCGGUGUUGUCGUCGAUGCGGGAGUGGUCGGAGAAACGGUUGCAUCACUACCAGGACUACUUUUCGAGGGGGAUGGUGGGCUUGAUCGAGAACAUCCUCCCUCUGGCCUUGACGGCCUCGGCCAUUUGCAGCGAGGAUGCCAUGCUACCGGUCACGGCUGCAGGCCAUGAGAAGAGCGACUCUGUCCUGGACUCGACCGGUGAUCGCGUGGACGACUACAUAAGGUCCUCUUUGAAGAAUGAAUUCACAAAGAUGAUCAAAACCAGUAGUUUCAAUCAAGCAAUGGAUGCGAAACAAGAGGCGGUGGAAGCUCUCCUCAGCCUAGCGAAGGAGACGGAGGAUUUGGCCUUGAGAGAGAGGGAAUACUUCAGCCCCAUCAUGAAGAAAUGGCAUCCGUUCGCGGCCGGGGUCGCGGCGGUGGUGCUACACAAUUGCUACGGGGCUGUGUUGAAGCGGUACAUGGCUAGUUCGCCGAAGCUCAGCAGCGAAACCGUGAGCGUGCUUCAGAGAGCUGGGAAGCUAGAGAAUUUCCUGGUGCAGAUGGUGGUUGAGGACUCCACCGAGUGCGAGGACGGCGGCAAGUCCCUCGUCCGAGAAAUGGCUCCGUACGAAGUCGAGUCCAUCAUCUUGAAGCUUUUGAAGCAAUGGAUCGAUGAGAAGCUCAGGAAAGGGAAAGAAUGCCUCCGGCAAGCCAAAGAAACCGAAACAUGGAACCCGAAGUCUAAGACUGAGCCGUACGCGCAAUCCGCCGUGGAGCUAAUGAGACUGAUAAAGGAAACCGUGGACGAGUUCUUCGACAUCCCGAUCGGAAUCACCGAGGACUUGAUCCAAGAUCUCGCCGACGGUCUAGGCCACCUGUUUCAGGAUUACAUUUCCUUUGCUGCAUCAUGUGGAUCAAAGCAGAGUUACAUUCCCUCACUCCCUCCUCUAACAAGAUGUCACAGAGCCUCCCAGUUUGUCAAGAUUUGGAGGAAUGUCACUCCUUGCAGCGUCGGAGUGGAAGACGGGCAUGGAAUUGGGUCCAACGACGGCCACAACCCGAGGCCGUCGACGAGCCGCGGCACGCAGCGCCUCUACAUCCGCCUCAACAGCUUGCACUACCUCCUCACCCACCUCCACUCCCUCAACAAGACCCUCACCCUCUCGCCCCGGGUCUCCCCGUCCCGGAACCGCUUCACAAACCGGCGGCAACAGGGCAAGACCUCGUCCUACUUCGACAUUGCCCGGGGUUCGAUCCAGGCGGCCUGCCAGCACGUCUCCGAGGUCGCCGCGUACCGCCUCAUCUUCCUCGACUCGAACAACGUCUUCUACGAGAACCUUUACGCGGGCGACGUCGCCAAUGCCCGCAUUAGGCCCGUCUUGAGGACCCUCAAGCAGAACCUGACUCUACUGUGCGCGAUCCUCACGGACUGCGCUCAGCCGCUCGCAGUCAAGGAGAUCAUGAAGGCCGCCUUCGAGGCCUACCUCAUGGUGCUCCUGGCCGGGGGCAACUCGCGGGUCUUCUACCGAGGGGACCACAAGAUGAUCGACGAGGACUUGGCGGGCCUGAAGCGGGCCUUCGCCUCGUGCGGCGAGGGGCUCAUAGCCGAGGAUGUGGUCGACCGCGAGGCCGAGGUGGUGGAGGGGGUGGUUGCGCUGCUGGGGCAGGCGACGGAGCAGCUGAUCGAGGACUUCAGCAUCUUGACGUGCGAGACAAGCGGGAUCGGGGUGAUGGGCGCGGGGCAGAAGCUGCCGAUGCCGACGACGACGAGGAGGUGGCACCGGUCGGACCCGAACACGAUCUUGAGGGUGUUGUGCCACAGGAACGACAGGGCCGCGAAUCAUUUCCUCAAGAAAUCGUUCCGGAUGGCCAAGAGGAGAUAGAAUGGUGCAAUUUGCAUAUCUCUUUAUCAGAUGUAUGUACUGGAGAGAGAAAAAAAAAACAAAGGUGGACAAAUUGAGAAAUUAAUGUCACAAUUAUAUGAUCUUGGUCUACCUCAUUAAGUGAGAAAAAAAAAUUAAAACGCAUCGUGUGUAACUUUAAAUUUGCUAUUCACAAUCCAUGACACGAUGGAGGAGAUUUGCUUAUUAA